GUGUCGUUUGGGGCAUUUGUAGUUACAGUCUUAGUUGGCUUACGCGGGGUCACUACAGCUAUGAUGGAGGAAUGAAGCAAAGAGUCCAUAGACCAAUAGAAGUUUAGUGAGCUGUUUCAAGCUUCAACGCCCCAGAACUACGCCGAUCAUCUUUUCUUAUCCCUCUUACUUUUUAUCUCUUUCAUUUCCUUCUCAAACGCUACGAGAUUUCGUCAUCCCUGUUAUAUCUCGUGACGCAUUUCCCCAAGUAUCUGAUCUAGGGUUUUUCACACUGUGCUCGAGAAGAAGAAAACAAUCGUCAUGGCGUCGCAGGAGCACAUCGAGAAGAUGCAGGCACGCCAGAAUUUCCGGAAUCUAUGGCACACCGAUCUCAUGCGUACCAUUCAGGCCGAUACUCCUUAUUGUUGCUUCGCGCUGUGGUGCGCACCGUGUGUGUCUUAUCUUCUUCGCAAACGAGCUCUUUAUGAUGACAUGUCAAGAUACACAUGUUGUGCUGGUUACAUGCCCUGCAGUGGUAGGUGUGGAGAAAGUAAAUGUCCUGAAUUUUGCCUUUGCACUGAGGUUUUCCUCUGCUUUGGAAACUCAGUUGCCUCAACUCGCUUUCUUUUGCAAGAUGAAUUUAACAUUCAAACAACGCAAUGUGAUAAUUGCAUUAUUGGUUUCAUGUUUUGCCUUCAACAAAUUGCAUGUAUAUUCUCUAUUGUUGCGAUGAUUGUUGGAAGCGAGGAAAUUCAAGAGGCUUCUCAGUUGCUAUCUUGUUUGGCUGACUUUGUGUACUGCACGGUCUGUGCAUGCAUGCAGACUCAGCACAAGAUUGAAAUGGACAAGCGUGAUGGGAAAUUUGGACCCCAACCAGUAAUGUCAGUGCCCCCUGUUCAGCAGAUGUCACGCAUUGAUCAGCAAGUUCCUCCUUCUGUUGGGUAUGCACCACAACCAGCUUAUGGACAGCCCUAUGGUUAUCCACCUGCCCCACCACCUUCUCAAGGAUACCCAGCUCCUGGAUACCCCCCGACUGGUUAUCCCCCAGCUGCCUAUCCUCCACCAGGGUACCCCCCAUCUGGCUACCCUAAGUGAUUACUUUACCUGCCAUUGUAUUCUCUACACCGCUAAUUGAUUGGUUCAUAAAACAAUCGAACAUGUUUCUGGUGAAAUGCAAUAGUUCCAUCUCAUCUGUUAAUUAUUCUGCAUUUCCCAUUACAAGUUUUUUUGUGACUUCACACAUUAUAAUUCCUGUCGUACUUCUAUUUUGUA